UUUAUUCUUCUUCAAUAACCCCUUCAACAAUCCUUAAAGCAUCUCUCUCUCUCUCUUUCUAGCCGUGGACGUCAAAGUGAAAACCAUCGGCAAAAGCCAGUGAGAAAGGAGUUUGCUGGAAUUGAUGGGUGACGAUACGGCCAAUAACGUGGCCCAAGCCAUAGCCGUAUCUCUUGACUGGAGCUCCACCGCUGGCGCACGGAAUGCUGCUCUCUGCUAUCUAGAAUCUAUUAAAACUGGCGACGUACGGGUUUUAGCCAGCACAUACCUCAUUCUAGUUAAAAAUAAGUGGUCUUCUGAAAUUCGGCUUCAUGCAUAUAAAAUGCUACAACAUUUGGUUCGUUUACGAUGGGAGGAAUUCAAUUCUAUGGAGAAGAAAAAUUUUGCUACUGUUUGCACUGAUUUGAUAGCUGAAAUUGCGAAUCCUUCUGAAGAAUGGGCUUUAAGAAGUCAGACAGCUGCUCUUGUUGCUGAGAUUGUCAGAAGAGAGGGAUUAAAUCUUUGGCAAGAUUUGCUCCCAUCUUUGGUUUCCCUGUCUUGUAAGGGUCCUAUACAAGCUGAGUUGGUUGCAAUGAUGUUGAGGUGGCUUCCUGAAGAUAUUACAGUUCAUAAUGAAGAUUUAGAAGGUGAUCGGCGUAGAAUCUUGUUGCGUGGGCUUACUCAAUCUUUGCCUGAAAUUUUUCCUCUGUUGUACACAUUACUGGAGAGGCACUUUGGAGCUGCACUGAGUGAAGCAAGCAGUCAAAGGUUGGACGUCGCAAAACAGCAUGCAGCUGCAGUUAUCGCUGCCUUAAAUGCUGUUAAUGCAUAUGCUGAAUGGGCUCCAUUACCUGAUCUUGCUAAAUAUGGUAUAAUACGUGGGUGUGGCUUCUUACUUUGUUCUCCUGAUUUUCGUCUUCAUGCCUGUGAAUUUUUCAAGCUUGUCUCUGUAAGGAAGAGACCAACAGAUGCUACCAUAUCUGAAUAUGACUCUGCCAUGAUAAAUAUCUUUGAGAUCUUGAUGAAUAUCUCUAGAGAAUUUUUGAUCGGCCCUAGUUCUGGUCUGAUUGAUGAAAGUGAAUCUGAGUUUAGGGAAUGUAUUUGUGAAAGUCUUGUAUCCAUGGGUUCAUCUAAUUUGCAAUGUAUAGCUAGGGACAGCACUCUGCUUCCACUUUAUUUUCAACAGAUGCUGGGCUUUUUUCAACAUUAUAAAUUAGCUCUUCAUUUUCAAUCCCUGCACUUUUGGCUGGCAUUGAUGAGGGAUUUCAUAUCAAAGCUGAAGGUUACAACUAAUUCGUCAGGAGAUUUUUCAAAACCUAGUUAUACAGGCUCUAGUUCUGCGUUGAGUUUUGUGACCGACGAUAUGUGUACUGUAAUUCUUGAUAUAUCUUUCAAGCGGCUGCUCAAGAAAGAAAAGGUUUCCCCUGCAGCAGCACCCUUACUAGGGGGAUUGGAGCUGUGGAAUGAUGAUUUUGAUGGAAAGGGUGAUUUCAGCCAAUAUCGGGCAAAGCUGUUGGACUUGAUCAGGCUUUUUGCUUCAUACAAGCCUGUUAUAGUUAGUGCUAAGGUUUCCGAAAGAAUUAUCACAAUCAUCAACAGUCUUUCAGUUUUACAAAUGCCUCUUCAGGACAUAGCCGUGAUGGACAGCAUGCAAUUAGCUCUUGAAAAUGUUGUGAGUACUACUUUUGAUGGUUCAAAUGAAUUUGGUGCGGGCAGUUCUGAAAUUCAAUUGCAAUUGCGUGAAAUUUUCGAUGGCUUAACUCAGAAACUUCUUUCAUUAAAAUGGAAUGAGCCAGCCUUGGUGGUAGUCCUUGGGCACUAUCUAGAUGCUUUGGGUCCCUUUCUGAAAUAUUUUCCUGACGCAGUUUCAAGUGUCAUCAAUAAGUUAUUUGAGCUCCUAACCUCACUCCCCUUUGCUGUCAAGGAUCCUUCUACAAGUAGUGCACGACAUGCUAGGCUACAGAUUUGUUCAUCCUUUAUUCGUAUAGCAAAAGCUGCUGAUAGAAGUAUUCUGCCCCAUAUGAAGGGAAUAGCUGACUCCAUGGCAUAUUUACAAAGAGAAGGACGUUUGCUUCGUGGUGAGCAUAAUCUUCUGCGUGAAGCAUUCCUUGUUAUGGCCUCUACUGCUGGAACCCAACAGCAGCAUGAAAUUUUAGCAUGGUUGCUGGAACCUUUGAGCCAACAGUGGAUUCAGCCUGAGUGGCAAAAUAAUUAUUUGUCUGAGCCACUGGGUUUGGUUCGUCUUUGUUCUGAGACAUCAACAAUGUGGUCAAUUUUCCACACUGUGACAUUCUUUGAAAGAGCACUUAAGAGAAGUGGGACGAGAAAAUCCAGUUCAAAUGUGCAGAACCACUCAACCACAAGUUCUCCUCACCCAAUGGCUUCUCAUUUGUCAUGGAUGCUCCCUCCCCUGUUAAAAUUGCUCCGCGCUCUACAUUCUCUUUGGUGUCCAGCUGUAUCCCAGACAUUGCCUGGAGAGGUCAAUUCUGCAAUGACUUUGAGUGAUACUGAAAAAUCUAGUCUUCUCGGUGAAGCGAACACAAAACUUUCUAAAGGUCCAUUAAGUUUCACAGAUGAUCCUCAUUCUGACAUGAACAAGGGAGGAGGGAAUGCAGAACCUAGUGAAACUGAUAUUCGGAACUGGUUUAAGUGUAUAAGAGACAGUGGGUACAACAUCCUGGGUUUAUCGGCAACUGUUGGAGAUUCAUUUUUCAGUUGCUUGGAUAUUCAUUCUGUCUCUCUUGCCCUGAUGGAGAAUGUCCACUCAAUGGAAUUUAGACAUUUAAGGCAGCUAGUUCAUGCAGUUAUUAUUCCUCUGGUUAAGGUUUGUCCUCCACAUUUGUGGGAUGUCUGGCUGGAGAAGCUCCUGAUGCCAUUAAUUCAACAUACCCAGCAAUGUCUUAACUCCUCAUGGUCCAGUCUCCUACAUGAAGGUAGAGCAAACAUCCCUGAUGUCCUUGGAAUCUGUUCGGAAACGGACUUGAAAGUGGAAGUUAUGGAAGAAAAGCUACUUCGAGAUUUAACCCGAGAAGUCUGUUCGCUUCUUGCCAUUAUGGCUUCAUCUCCACUUAAUCCCGACCUUCCUUCCCUGGAGCAAUCUGGACAUGUCAAUCGUGUGGCUAUAUCAUCUCCCAAACACUUGGAUGCGUUCUCAUCAAGCUGCAUGGUUGGUUUCUUAUUAAAGCACAAAGGCUUAGCCAUUUCGGCACUACGGAUAUGCUUGGAUGCAUUUACAUGGACGGAUGGGGAAGCCGUGACAAAAAUUUCUUCCUUCUGCUCUACUUUAGUUCUUUUAGCUAUUUCAACAAAAGAUGGGGAGCUUCAUGAGUUUGUUUCUCGCGAUCUGUUCUCAGCAAUUAUUCAAGGACUAACUCUUGAGUCCAAUGCUUUCAUUAGUUCUGAUCUGGUUGGUCUCUGUCGUGAAAUAUUUCUAUACCUCUCUGACAGAAACCCAGCUCCUAGACAGAUCUUGCUCUCGCUCCCCAACAUUAAACAUGAUGAUUUGGUAGCUUUUGAAGAAGCUUUGGCAAAGACAUCUAGUCCAAAAGAACAAAAGCAGCAUAUGAAGAGUUUGCUUGUAUUAGCAACUGGAAACCAGUUAAAGGCUCUAGCAGCCCAGAAAAGUGUAAAUACCAUUACUAAUGUAUCAGUCAAGUCCCGCGGUUCAGUCAGUACUUCAGAAACCAGAUUGGAUGAAGGGGAUUCUCUUGGUCUGGCAGCAAUUUUGUGAUGCAUUUCUCGUCUGCAUUAGGGAAAACAAGUUUUUACUCAUACCAACAUAUGAAAGCAAAUGCGACAUUCUUUUUUCGCCAGAGUUAUGCUGAGGAUCUGUAUUCUUUUUCAACAUCCCGUAUUCUGAGCUCUUGAUAUGGGCAUUGCGCUUUUCUAGAACUCGAAAAGUUUCUCCAUGGCUGCAGUUUGAAGAUGUUUACGAGAUCGGAAGAAGUUCUCAUUGCCCACAGGCUUUUAUGAACCAGUAAUAUAACUCAAAUAGGUAGAUCAAGGUAAUUAUGAACCCACAAUUCUUAGCUGAGUUAUUUUAAAGUCUUUCCUUUCAUGCUAAGUUCUUUCUGUCAAUUCUUGUGUAUGUAAUUUUCAGUUCACUGUUUUUGCACAUUAAAGAGAUGAGCUUUCUUUUAAUCUUAAUUUUAUUCUGACAAACACAAGUGUACUGGAUACCUUUUAGGAAUACUUUGACUAA